AGAGGGGGUGUUCACUCAAAAUAUACUAUCCCUUUAAAACAAGGGGGACACGGCGGUGGGGGAGAGAUAGCGGGGCAGAGAAGACGGGAUAAAAAAAGAAAAGGAAGAAAGAGCGAGGGUGGGAGGGUGAGAGUAUUGCUGGGAAAAAAAGGAAAAAAUGUCAUCCUCUCGAUUGAAAUGCCGAGGCGGAGCCAUGGACGACGACCGGUGAGGCGCUCUCCAGACACGCGUGAGAUUUAACUCAACGCCGAGGCUCGCGCGGAAGCCGCCGGGGCCUGGAUGGAGAUUCUUAUAAUGAAUUUGAUGGCAUUUUUACUCACACCAUGCGACCGCUUGCAGCAAAUGAAACAUUAAACUGCCAUCUUAAUGAUGUAUAUAUUUAUUCCGCAUGAAGUAUUAUGCACAGCGGUCUAAUUAACAAGAAAACGUCAAAUGCAGAAUUAAUUUCUUUUUUAUGGUAUUUUUCAGCACGAUGGGCCACUGUUAUGUCACAAUGCGGCUUUAAUAACAAAGACUGUGACUGACAGCUGUCAUGUCUUUUAAAUACUUUGAAGUAAGGCUAAUAUUUAUUAUUUUAUCAGCGUCAGUGUAAUAUUUCUUUCACUUUUAAAAUAUUUAAAACUCUUUUUAUAAUUCAUAGUGUUACAAGCUCAAUACACUGUAUAUCUGUAUGAUAAAAUAGUGGAAACAAUCAAUUAGCUUUGUAAACGGGAUCUGUACUCUUCUACACGUCAUGAUGGAUGCAGCUUGGAGCAAUUUUCUCUUUCAGCAGACUCCACCCUCGCAGUCGCAAAAUGACGGGACCCUCCAAUCAGAUCUUCUCCCGGACCUCACGGACGCCGCUCAGGACCCGCCCCCCGAUCACAUAGCCCCGCCCCCGUCCACGGUGGACACCGCCGCGCUGAGCGAGGAGCCCGUGCCGGUAAAACCAGUCAGUCGACCUGCCCGACCUGCACACAUCUGCUCCAUUUGUAACAAGCAGUUUAAGAAUAGCUACAACCUGCGGCGUCAUCAGUCUGUCCACACCGGAGUAAAGAUGAAGGACAGAGCCGCUAAAGAGAAAAUUGAUGCAGGGAAGGCUGGAGCACGAGUGGAGAGGCAGACCAUUCCUCUCUCUCUCCUCCAGCUGUCCAUACCAGCCUCCAUACCCUCAGCAGUCGAUGCCAUGGGCCAUCCGUCCCCAAUCACCAAUCAGCAGGUGGAAACAGUCGCGUUGUCUAUCGCCCCAGCAACAGUUUCCAUGACCAUGAACCAGCCCCUCCCUACUGCAGUUGUGGUGACAGGGACAAUGGUGCAGGCUGCACCAAAUAGCAACAUCAAUGAUAACCUGAACAACCCCACCCCGAUUCAAAUAUCUAUACCAAUCACAAACCCGUUACCCAUCAAUCCAACUCCCAAUCCUAAUCCCAACCCAAAUCCCAAUCCGGUCAGGAAGAACCAUGCUUGCGAGGCAUGUGGGAAGGCCUUCAGGGAUGUGUACCAUCUGAACCGUCAUCGCUUGUCCCAUUCAGAUGAGAAGCCGUACUCCUGUCCAAUCUGCCAACAGCGGUUCAAGAGAAAGGAUCGCAUGAGUUAUCAUGUUCGCUCUCACCAGGGAGGAGUGGAGAAACCGUAUGUGUGUCCGCAUUGCGCCAAGGGCUUCUCAAGACCUGACCAUCUUAACAGUCACGUGCGACAGGUACACUCUACUGAAAGACCCUUCAAAUGCCCGACAUGCGAGUCCGCAUUUGCGACUAAAGACCGGUUACGGGCUCAUAUGAUAAGACAUGAGGACAAGGUGCCCUGCCACAUCUGUGGCAAACUUCUCUCCCCAGCUUACAUCACAGAUCACAUGAGGGUUCAUAACCAAUCACAGCAUCACGUCUGCCACCUCUGCAACCGCAGCUUCACCACACUGACGUACCUGCGUGUUCAUGCCCAGAAGCAUCACGGGCAGGAAUGGAAGGAGAGCGGCGUUGGCCGUGGCUCGGGCCCAGGCGGGGUGCUGCUCUGCCAGCUGUGUGGCAUUCACUGUAAGACCCCCACGCAGCUGCAGGGCCACAUGGCCACCCACGCCAAUCAGACGGACCCCAACGCUCCCUGCCCCAUCAGCAGCAGCAGCAGUGCAGUGGCGACGGUGGGCACAGCCGCUCCUGUUUCCAGUCCUCCAGUCACAGUGGGGCUGCUGGUGACGGACUGCUCCAGCAUCGCUCCACAGAGCCACAGCUAGCCAACAGGAGAGAGGAGAGAGGCGGGUGGAUGGAUGAAGACGGGGUUCAUACGUGGAGGAUGGGGUUAGUUUGGACAGGCUUCCUUGAAAACGGCAACACAAAGAUGGCCAUGGAAACCUAGUCGUUACCCAAACCCAUCCCGUCCACCCUGCCGCCACUGUUCUGGAACUCUCCUCAAAAUAAGUCUGACUUUUGAAUGAACUCACGAAACAUAAACCCUGCUUUACUUUCACUUUUAUGCCCAGAUUGUGUAAACAGUCCCAAUUUUUUUUAUCGAAGAAGAUCUGAUGGACAACUGGUUUGGGUAUCAGUACAUUUCCUUGCACAGUCCCAUUGGAGAGAUGACUGGUUUUAAAUGUAGGCUGUUAUUAAGCACUGUCCUAGUUCAUUAUUAAAAAAAAAAAGCAGUGUUGAGGAAUAUAGAACGCUGAGAGGAAUUGAUACAUUAAACCUCCAAUCUGUUUCCUUAUAUAAUAACGUCUGUAUCCACAUGCUCUCCAAGUCCAGAAGAGAUGGGUUUUAUAAAAGAAUUUACUCUGUUGUAAGAGAUCAUUCCAUCAUAAAUGAUCUUGAGGGCCGCCUGCGCACAACUUGAACAUUCGAGGGGAUCAAAUAUAGUGCCAUUUCCUCUCAUCAGGAUCGCAAGAGGGGUUAAACUUGGACAAAAUAUUUAUAUUUGUAAUGUAUGUAGUAUACGUGAAUAUUAAGCAAAAAAUAAGCAUCUAUUCCAUCUCUAUACUUUUGGUAUUUUUCUUAUUGAUCUUGACUAAAAGAAGUUUAAACAAAUGUAGUGUUGAUUAUGUUGCAUAAGAUCUGUAACCUAUGUUUCCAGUUGGGUUUGUGUUGAUGCUUGUUUAACGCCAAUAUGUGUUGGUAUCGCUGUGCUCUUAUCCUUAUUAAUCUCUGUAUAAUGAACAUGCACCUAAUUAUACUGGAUUUAACUAA